AGGCCGCUUUGUUCGCCGGUGCCUACGAGUCCCCCAGUUACCUAUAGGAGAUCGAUGAGGAUAGAUAUAUUCAUUGCAGACUCCUCUCGAAGUCACAUAUAGGUCGAAGAGUGACGCUCACCCACAUGGCGACCAGGACUAGGAACCUAGACAUGGGAGCCAAUGAUCGCGUCGCGGCCUCAGCUUACACAGCCUGUCACGCCAUCAGCGACCACACUUCGUCAAUUCCACAGCAUAACGAGGACCCACACGAUCGCCAGAUUCGACGACCUCGUCCUUCAUCACAGCGCCUGGCUGCGACGUUCAAUGAUAGAGCAUACGAUGUCGAAACUUUUGCGAGAGAAUCGUCAAAAGAAGAGACAGUCUUAUACCUGGCCUACGGGAGCAACCUAGCAUAUGAGAAGUUCCAGGAUCCCAAGUCAGGCCGUGGGAUCAAGCCACUGGCACAGAUCAAUGUACAAGUGCCGUCUCUUCGGAUGACAUUUGACUUGCCCGGAAUACCCUAUACCGAACCAUGUUUUGCGAACAGUGCUAUAAGCGUCGAGAAGGACGAUGAUCUACAAGGAGGACGAGAUGCUGAAGAGACGGCCUUAUUGGGUGAUCUAAGUCGGAAGCAAGACUACAGGAAAGACCGGUGGCACAAAGGGUUGAUGGGCGUGGUUUAUGAGGUGACUGCUGCGGAUUAUGCACACAUCAUUGCCACAGAAGGAGGUGGAGCUUCGUACAAGGACAUUCUCGUAGACUGUUAUCCAUUGGAGAGCGAAGACCCACGAGCCACUGUCCCGCAACACCCGUCCACGACGCCGUUCAAGGCCCAUACUCUGUUUGCCCCCGCCGUACCUGAGGGUGAGAAGCCGCCGAAGAACGGAGGCCGCAUUCAGCGACCUGACCAAAGCUAUGCGCAAGCUUCAGCGCGUUACCUGAAGCUCAUCACAGAUGGAGCUGCGGAAUGUGAGAUGCCAUAUGAGUAUCAGGACUACUUGCACUCAUUACACCCAUUCACAAUCACGACUGUGCGGCAAAGGAUGGGCCAAGUGCUGCUUGCGGCUACAUUUGUGCCGAUAGUUCUCUUCCUCUUCACCAUCAGCAAGCUGUUUGCAGAUAAGCAUGGCGUGCUGCCGAACUGGUUCAAAGCACUUUUGGGCGCGAUCUUCAAGGCAACCUGGGUGAGCUACGACUACUUCUUCAAGCCGAUCUUUGGUGAAGGUGAGAGGACGAUUGGCGAUGAUGGAUCUGAUGGAGAAUCUGAGCAAGCCAGGAGGAAUGUAAAAACAGUGGCACUGGAUAUUGACGUCGAGAAGGCGGCGGCCGGUAGCAAUGGAUAGAUCGAGUCAAAGGCAAGAUGUCGUUACUCACAUGUCGUGCAUCACAGAGCGUUGCGCGCAUUGCAAAACCCGCGUCGGAUCCCGUUCGCUGUGCGUACUUGUCACGCGUGUUCAAGCCCAAUGUCUCUUUCUGCCAUCGAAUUGGCAGAUCAGAGCGAUCAGAAAGGUCUGCGCUGUCUCAGAGGUAAUGUAUUG